CUGGAGCGGAGGGAGUUUCGAAAUAUUUCACGAUUAUCUACGUCAAAACUUUCAAUGUAAUGGAAUAAUCAGGAUUUUAGCAACCACCUGGUAUAGGUAUAACAAAUGAGUAAAACCCAUGUAGUUAAAAUGUUCAGGUCAGGAUUUUUGAGAACCACUUAACCGUGUAUUUUACAGAUUUAGCUAGGUAGCUAAUGCUAUGUUAACGCAUUUCGUGGAUGUACUAUCAUAGGGAAACCCUAAUGUUGUUCAAUCAUGGAAAUGAAGUUGGAAGUUGUUUUGUCAUCAAGCAUCAAACGGAAGAAGCCAUGGCCCCGAUUCUGCUGGCUGGGGCAGGAGAAGGAAUCUGUGUUUCUGCUGGAUGACAGACGGAUCAGUGAAAUCAAUAUGGUGUCUGGCCGCACAAAGAAGAAGACACCUAAACUCCAUCCUUUCCUCAGCAGUGUGGUCACAAUGGCGUCAUCCCACAAUGGAAUGUGGCUAUGUGGACUUUUGCUGUCUGGAGAAUUGUUCCUGUGGAACAAGGAUAAGGAUUUGUUGAAGACAGCUACAUCAGUCCCUGAAGUUGUACAGAUAAUUACCUCUACUCAAGGGAAUUCCAAAAAGUUGUAUCUUCAGGUUUCUUGUGAUGGGAUGCGAGUGCUCCUGGUAGCCAUAACUGGGCAGGCUUUCCUGUGGGAAUGUAAGGACCUGAGGGAUUUGACAGGACUGCGAGAUGGCCCAGUCAAGGGACAGUGGGUGCAUAUUCAGCCUCUUGAUGAGACCAUAUUACCUUCUCCACAAGACAAAGAAGCAUCCCAACACACCAUCUUUGUCAAGACAGAGGUUAUGGGUGAUAUUUGCUUAUCAGCCUUUGUUUUCACAUCUGGGAAACAUCUUAUUGUUACUGUCCUUAAAAUUAAGUGGAAAGAAAGCCAUGUGAGGGUGGGUCCAUUUGGUUACAGCAUACAGUGGGCCACCAAGACAUACCCCAUGUCUCGUCUCACCCCACCCUGCCAACCAGUUAAAUCCAGAGGAGCCUUGGUGCCAGCCUUCUCCCCAGAUGGUCAACUGUUAGCUAUUGCUUUGAACCAGAGGAAUCCUAAGGCUACACAGGUCCUCUUUAUGAGCACACAGAAUUUUGUGUCGAUAUCAAGUUGCCUUGGGGGAUGUGGAAGUAAGAAAAUGGAUAUCCCAUCUAAAUAUAUAAGAUCUUACUGGGUGGGGAGUGUCAGCUGGUCAUCUGGAAGCCUUUUCUUGGCCUGUGUUUUGAAGAGAGGCUCUCUUCUUAUGCUGGUUCGCCUCGGAGGGCUUCUCACUCUAACAAGCUCUGGUUGCAGUGUUGACUUUGGUCCUGCACACUUCCUGCCCCUGCACCCUCUAGUCACUUACCGGCCACCAGUGUCUGCAGUGAGGGGGGAUGCCUCCCUGUCUAGCUCCAGCAUUUCUGCACGUGAUGUCCUGAGGCAGCGGUAUUCUGUGACCUGGCAUCCACGUCUAUUGUAUCUCAUUGUGUCUGAUGGUUACAUGGCAACAGUUAUGAGGGUCCUAGACAAGCCUUCUCCCUCCUUGUUACUGAAAACACUUCUAAAAGAAACUAGCAAGGAUCUUGAGAAAAGCAGCUCCAAGCUAGAGAAAUCCCAGGUUCAUGUAAAGGCUUGGCUGGACUUUGUAUCUUGCUUGAAUCUUGAUGGCAGUCCAGAAGACUUCAACUUCACUGUUAGAUGUGACUCUACCAUCACAGAGCCCAUCAUUUCAGAGGCCACGGAUGAAUCCAGAUUGCCACUUUUCUUGCAGCAGAGAUUGGGUGGUACCAAGGAGCUUCUUGAAAGCAUGCAGGCUUUCCUUGAGGAUGAGUCCGAUUUAGACGGAAUUCCUGCUGGUCCUCGUGUGGAGGAAGGAGGUCGUUUGGAGUUUGCCUCAAUGUUUGAUACUCUUCAUGCCCUGGGAACGCAAAAUGACACUCUGUUUGUUGCUGACCCAAAUUAUGAUAAAGACUUUGUUGAAACGGGGAGGAACACUCCUCUUCGUCGUGAACUAGCGAAGAUCCAGAGUAGACUACUAACAGCCUGGGCAUUUGGCCUGUCUCUUGGAGAUGCUGUGGAAAACAGGGUUCAACUGUUGGAGCAUGCACUUUGUUGUGUGGUCCGAUUUGCUGCUUUACUUCAUUUAUUGCCCACCUCCAUGGGCGACACAGGAGAAAAGAGCACCUCCAUUAAUCCCCGCCUCUUGCACCUCAUCAAAACCCUUUUGUCUUUCCUUCCCUGGGACAGCAAUCCUUCAAACGGACCACAUUGCUUGAGGUUGGUGGUGGAGUUCAGUAAGAGAAUAGUGCGCCUUCUGCUGAUCCCUUCACCUGACUCAUGGCAGAUUCGUCACUGUCAAGUUUCUUCUCAAAGUUUGGACGGAAUCGUUUUUAUGUUGCAGCUGGUCUCUGAUGCCCUUGACCACACUUAUAACUUGAAUCACAAAACUGUCUGGUCUUCUGAGGAGGAAUCUCCUUCUCAGCAACCAAACCCAUGGCAUUCGGAUGUAUACCAUGUUCCUCUACUACAAGAUGACAAGGAGGGGAAACACAGUUAUGCACAUGAGGCUCAACCUGUUCCCCAAAGACCAUCUAGCAGAUUGUUGGGAGUAUGGCGACUGAUGUACGAUAUCACACAGCAGUAUGUGGAACAACUCAAAAAGUUUAAAGGUUGUGAUGGCUGGGAGGAGGUGGAGCAACAGCUGUCUCUCAUCAUGUCCCAGAUUCAGGCAGCUCUGCAGGCUACAGGACAGUGGCUCGAGGACGGCCCUGAACUCCUCAGUUACCCAGGAGAGCAUCUGUUCCUCUGUGGCUCCUACACACAAAGUGCUAAUGCAUUGCGACUGCAAAUCUGCCAAGAGAGCAACAAAAGUUUUGCUCGCAAUGUCUUCCAGCAGACACGGCUUUGUCUGGCACUUCUAUACAGUCUGUUAUCACAGUAUCAUCUGAGAGAGGCGCAGGAGUUGGGCGACCACAUGGCGCAGAUGAUUCUGCUCAGGGCUGGACACCACAGGGGCAGUUUGAGUUCUGUAACAGAUUCUCUUCCUUGCACAUGGCUGCCGACUGACCUUCACAAUGAGACAGCCUGUGCGGUGGUUCAAACCCUUGGGAGAUUCAUGACCUCCUACUUCACCAACCAGCCGCUUCACAUUCUUCCCCCUCACAGCGUGGCCGUGCUGCCUCCAGUGCAUUUACCUCAUGCCCCCACUGUUGGGCGUUUGGUGCCACUCUGCCAGGAGGAGGUGGCAAGAGCAGUUCGACAACAACAUCUGUCAGAAGUAUGGACGGUGGACUAUGCCCAGGACCUGCUUCUUCUGGGGGGGCUCCUUCCUGAGGCUGUGUGGAUGGCCUAUCACCUGGGGGACUGGAAGACCGCAGUAUCUCUGAGCUUAGCCUAUACCAACCAUUGUGCUGAACAUCCUGACAUUACUUGGUUCAGAAGAAGAGAGCUUCAUCUGCCAAAAGUUUUAGAGCCAGAAAGCAUUUUUCAGGCUGAACUGGAUGGCCUUCUUGGCAAUAAAUCUGAGUCCCUGGAAUACACGGGUAAAGAUGAUAAGAGCAUUACAGAUUCUCUGGAAGGAGAAGAAUGGGACUUGUUACAGGCUUCCAUACAGGAGAUUCUAAAGGCUUCCGUCAUGGCAGGAGUCAAUGUCACGUCCUCCCCCUUGUCAAGCUUGCUGGAUACAGCCAAGGACAUGUGCUCUUCUCUUCCUGCUUUGGUGCCCACUGGGCUCUACCUGCCUUCCCCACCCCUCUACUGCCCUCAGCCUUCCUCCAACACACAGGAUCAUAAAGGGACAGUGGGGCAGCUUGCUGAAGUUGCAUGUCGAAACAAAGUGUCUGGGGUUAUCCAAAGAUUACUGUUACUUCUGAGAUCUGGCCAUAGUUGCCGUCCUGCUGCCCAGUGGUACAUCAGUCAUCUGCGACGUGCCAGGCACAUUCUACACAAGAUCAGGAAGAAGUACUCUUACCCAUCAGAAGCUCACAAAGAAAAGGCUUUUCCAGAGGGACUGUUGAAGUUGAUCACCCGUGGUGGAUACUUCAGGCGAGGCCAGAAUAAUGAUGGUCACCUGGACAAUGACACCAUUCACACCAUUGUGUGUUUCAGGGAGAUGUGCGCUUUAUGCUGGAUGCUUCAUGUCAGGGAUCAGCUCUCCAUUCACUGCAGGAAGUAUCAGGUUGCCAGACAGCAUGGAGAAGUUAAACAGAUUUCUUUUGAUCCAGAAGUGAAUUCAGCCUCUGUUAAUGCUCUCCGUUGGGCCUGUCGUCUUCUACCUUUCUCUCACUUCCUCAGUGCUGAGGAAGUCCUUCAGGACAUAAUGCUCAGUCUUAUCUCUGAACUACCUCCUGUGUCUUUGGUGGUAGACACACUGGUACGAGCCUUCCCGGAGGAGGAGUCUGUAAGAGUGCCUUUGCGAGAGAAGUAUAACUCACUGAUGGAAAGACUGAAGCAAUGCAAUGUCCUAGAAGAGGAGAAAGGUGAGGCGAAUGAGGCAAUGAUGAUUCUGUUUCAAGACAAAUUCAGGCAGAGGAGGAAACAUCUGGUGCGCUUGCAGAGACACUUGGCAACCCCUGAGCUCCAUCUGUGGGAAAGAGAUGAGGAAGAAGAGGAUAGGGGGAGCAAGCAUGGCAUGGCCAUGUUAAGACAACUAACACUGAGCACAAGCCUGAGCACCAGCAGUUUAACUGAUUGUGGACUCCAGACAGUGAGCAGUGAUGUAACCACAGCAGAAAAUACAUCUGAGGUUACUUUUUCUGAACAGCAUUGUGGAGCCAUGAGCAGAGGCAAAAGAGCAAAGAAAGACAGAGAACACACUAAGAAGAAUGCUGUCAAGACUAAAGAUGCCAUUCAAGAGGAAGGUCACAGAGGAGAAGCCAAGGAGAAAGAGAAACCUUCUCUACCAGUGGUUGGCACCUGGGAGUUUGAGCAGGAAGAUGAAGAGUAUCUGAAUUUCCUGGAUCUCUUCCUAAGCUAUGUCCUAGAGAAAGACAGCACUGCUGGCGUGGACUCCGGCAGUGAACUACCUUUGCUGAAGGGAUUUUGUGCUGAGUUAAGGGAGAGAGAGUUGCAUUCUCUAACCUUUGAUGUGCUCACCACUAUUCAUCGUCGUCAAAGAGAUGAGCAUCAUCCAGACAGAAAGCACUUGGGCAGAGUCCUGCCUGUGUUCAGAGCUGGCUCCUGCUAUACAUCUGCAAAAGAAGUUACUACAACACCUGAGCAGCACAUUUUUUCCAUCCAAAGUGAUGCUCCAUUAUCCAGGGCUAGCCUUCCUAUCAGCUCUCAUCCUGAACAGGAAGAGAUGAAGCAAGGUUUGUUUGGCUGCCGUCAGCAAAGAAAUGUGCCUCCAGGGAAAAUAAAGAGAGCCGGUCUUAGUUUUGAAACCAGCCUUAGUCAGAGUGCCUUGCCAAUAGCGCAUCCUCCAAAGAGCUUCAUAUCAGACUCCUCAUUGUCUGUGGAAGCUGUAACUGAAUUGCAGCAGGGCCUGGAUCUUAAAUUAGAAACGCAGUUUCCCAAGCUGGGAAGGCUGCUUGUGUGGAUGGUACGCUGGGCUGACAGAAGGGUGUGGUCAGGACACCGUGUUAAAAUGAAGAAGGAUAAAGAGGAAACAGCUGAUGAAGGAGUUGUGAUUCGUGUCAAAGCGUCAGCACCUGCUAUCCUCACAUCCCUAAAUUUGCUGAAACGCAGGUUCGCAGUUCUGACGGGGACUGACCGCUACAGUUCCCACAUCCAUGUUCCAGAAGUGAAAUUAACUGUUGCGCCUGUGCUGCAACCUGAGAUGGAAAGGAAGCUGGACAGGGAGAGCAGUGUUGAUACGGGCUACCCUGGAUCUGCACACACUCCUAUCACUGGCCUUGAUCAUAAUUUGCAACCAGAGGACCUAUCCAUUGGUUCUUGUCCAGAUGAGCCAGAAGAGUUGAUGUUUCAGAGAACAUCUCUCCCUUGUGACCAGUCUCAAAUAACCUUAGAUACUCAACCAAGACAUUCCAGUCCACAGACACAAUGUCUCGAUGACUUAGAUGUUACUCCGGAAAAAGAAAGCAGAGUUUGUGACAGUGAGGGUUUGGAUGUGUCACUUUCUGGCUCCAGUAAAGACAUCUCUGCAAGCAUCUUCACGCCUGAAACGAGUUUAAAACUUGCAGACCAAGACAAUGCAGAACGAGUUGAAGAGGUGUCCAGUUCAUCCUCCUUGCACAGUUUUCCUGCUGGACAUCCAGAUUGUUCUGCCCCUUUCACAGUCCAACCAAAGGCAACUGUUCAUGCAAAACCUUCAAAUACAAGUGCUUUGCUGCUUCCCAACAGUGAUGUUGAUCCUUCAAGUCUCCAGCCAAAAAAGAGCUCCCCAGGAACAGGUGCAUCCACAGCAACAUGGGCAUCCACAGCAGCAGGGGCAUCCCCACCAAUAGGUGCACCCACAGCAACAGGGACACCCACUGCAGAAACUACAACCCUAAAUCAGCCAUUGACAACCUCCCCAAUGAGACAGCGUCUGGGUGAAGACUUAUUCCGACUGGUUCAGCAUAUCAACUACAUGAGUCUAAGUGAGGUUCUGGGAGCUUCGUUUUCCAACGUUCAAUUACCCCAGCAGAAUUCUUCUGUGGCCCAGGCUGACAUUACUUCAUCACACCCUAAUGUGCCAUCAUCGUUAUCUGCUCAAUUCAUUCCUGAGUUUAAUGCAUCAUCCAUUCAAACGAUCCCUGCACUACCUCAGACAUUGAUUUGUGUGCCAAAUUCAAGAUCCAUUGAACCUCAGUUUGAUCAGACAACUGCAUGUAAGUUUGCAGACCAGUCUGCCUUGAGGAGCUCAGACAAAACCUCUGCAGCAGCUGACCAGCAUUUUUCAAACCCAACACUCCCCUCCAAAUCCAGUGGUGCAGGUGUAAAUGUUCAGGAAAUGCAGCCUCUGAUCAUCCAGGCAGAGUCACUGGAUAUUCAGCAAGAGGAGACCAGGAGUUUAAUACCCUCUUCACAGGGACUCCUGGCCACUACUGAAUCCAGUCAUAUUGCUCAAAAGACUCCUGUGUUGCUGCCAUUUAAAGGUGGUUCACAGAAUGGCUCUGCUCCUGAAGUGUCAGGUGUGAAGUUACUCAAAAUUCCCCACCCUCUUUCUUCCCAGGAUAGUACCCCACACUAUCCACCCCUACAACAGACUCUACACGCUCCAAACCCAGAAACUGUUGGAUCUUACCAGCACAGGCUUAAACAUGACAACCAAGCCAUGAAUGAUAAGAAAAGAAGAGAAGAGAGAAACAGGUUUUCAGUUCCAACAAAACCUCUCAGUCUUAAUUUGUCACGUGAUCCAACUCCCAGGAACUCACAGCUGCAGAUCUUGGAAGUAGGGAAGUCCAUUUUACAAGGGUUCACACAAACACGUUCACCAACGCAAGGUCUUCGCCUGCUGCAGUUGCAACCUGUUGCACCCAACACCGUCACAUUCCCCAAAUUAUCUCUCCCAUUGUGCUCCCGGCCUUCAACUGUCAUUGCAGCUCCAGUAAUGGACACGCGUACGGUCAAGCUUCUGCAUAUUGAUUCUGGACCCAAAAUGAUGUUGCCUCAGGCAGUUCCCUCAACCCAUAUGAGCCGUCUUAUCUCCAUGGGAGAGUUACAGAGUUCAGAGGUUGGCCAGGAGGAGGCUGAAGCCACUUUGAUGCAUUUGCUUAAAGUAGAUCAAUCUACUGAAAGACUGACCACUUCUUCUAGCUGUACCCCAAGCAAGAGGAAGAAGAGGAGAGAGGAGAAAGCAAAGGGAAGAAAAACAGAGAUCACGUUUAGACCAAAUGAGUCUAUCAUUCCAGCUCAAGAGGCUACAGAUGUACCUGUAAGUGACGAGCCUGUAGUUGCUGAAGACACCACUCCUGGACAGAUCCCCACAGGAUCCUCUGACUCUUUGCUGACUGGUCAAAGAUUAUUGGAUAAGGUCUUCUUCACUUCAGCUGAACUUCAUGCCUUUGCAUCCACAAGUAAACAACCCCCAGAGUUCCAAGAUGCUUUCACUAACACAGACCCAUCUUGUCCUCUGUUACUGGUGGAUAAAGCUGUGUCUGUCCAGGCCUCUGUUAUGACUGGCAGCCUAAAAUCCCAAAGUAAUGAUGACCCUGUUCGAGACACAGAAGAGACUCCACAGGAACCAGAGAGUUUGGAUCACUGUGGCCGCCAGUUUAUAAGUGUCUUAGAUCUAGAGGAUGUGCUUCAGCAUGAAGCUCUGCCACCACCUCCGAGUCCAGAACAACAACAUGCUCCUACCCUUCAUCCCUCCUCACCCUCUUCUGCUGAGCUUCAUGUUUUUGCAAGUUCUGUUAUCCAGAGUUCUGCUGCUACUAAGCCCCAGCCCUCAGUCACAGUUCCUGAGAAUCUUCAGAAACCCACCACUCGUCAAGAUAUCCCUGAGGAGUCUCCCUCAUUCAGCCAUUACCGACACAGUUUCAGAGUUUCAGAAAGCUUCACACUGGAAGAAGACGUGAUCGUUGAUCCAUCUGAUUCUGCGAUCUGUCGAGCCAUAUCGACCCAGAGUUCUGUAACUCCCAGAGCCUCCUCCUCUCCUCCUACUGUGUGGUUGUCCUCUCGGCUGUCCGAGCUGGAUGCCCAGCUGGCUGCUUUACAGAACAUUGCAGAUCAUUUGGAGAUGGACUUCUCAAACUCCAGAAUGCUGGUAAACAGAGUUGAAAAACUCUCUUCAGACAUAGCUCCUGAUGUGAAGACUUCUCCAGCAACAAAGAAAACUGUCAGACUCUCUGUUCCACUGGAAGCAUGGACACCAAGACCUGAACCUGCUGUUUUAGCUGAAAUGAGUCCCUGUGAAGAGCACAACAAAAAUCAAGAUGAGGAACAUUUGGUCCAUCAAGACUACUUCAAUCCUGGAACAAAGACAUCUCCUCAUUUUUCUCCUUGUUCUGACAGCCACAAAGCAGGUUCUUCUCAUAUUUACCCCCCACCAGGUAUGAAAGAUAACUUCCUUGAGAUGUCUGGGAUAUUACAUGAACAGACUGAUGUGAAUCUAGGUCAGACUGAGCUAUCUGAUACAGUAGAAAUCCUAGACGAGUUGGUGAGGGAAGGAUAUUUAUCACCAACUGACUGGGAUUUGUCCACUUCACAGACUGCACACCGUAGCAGCAUGCAAGACCAGCAGCAGAGUAGCAGGAUGUCACCGAAAGGAGCCUUUCCUCAGGACGACAGGAGAGAGCUGAGGAUAUGGAUGAGAACGAAACAACGGGAAAGACUGGCUGUUUAUCAAAAACACAGAGAGAGACUGAGAGAGAGGGAGCGAAAACCAUUUCACUCCUCUUCAACAGGGCGAUCAGAAAACAGAAAUCAAACAACCACUUGGAGAACCAGAGAAGAAAGAGAAAAGUUCAUGCUUCUGGAGCAAUACAAGCAAAGGACACGUGAGGCUUGCUCUUUGGCUGUAGACUUUUUGGGCUCACCUGCAGCCGUGUGCAGUUCCCCACAGACCGACUGUCGUCCGCUGAGCUCCACCUCGCGGUCAACCCCAGCUCCACCUCAUGGAAGCACUUCUGGCACGGAAAGGACCCGCAAUAUUUCUUUCAAUGAAAAAAGAAGUGUUGAGUCACUGUCAGGACAACCUGUGACCCACCUUGGUCCACAGUAUGUGACAGGGAGGCCUUCAGAAGAUCUCAGUGUGAGACUGGGACUUUAUCGACCAGUGACUGUUUUGCCAGGGGACCGUUUGUCUCAGGUGACGAGACGUGGCAUGCUUAGCACCAAGCCACACACUAGACAUAACUCUCCCAGGCAGAGUGAUAGACGCUGUGUUGGAUAUCAGAGUAAAGCCAGUUUGAACAGCACUUUUUCAGCAGGAGCCGCUGUGGAAAGAGGGAUUCUAAGGGAUCAGACAACACUGGAAGAGAAAGAAGUAGUGAACCAUUCAGAAUUGCACAUAGGACAGGACAUGGAGGAGUCUAAUGCUGCCUUGGUGGGACUUUUGGGUGAGGAACACGUUGGUGCCAGAGGUGGUGUUUCACAGAUGGACUGGCUGGACAAUCUUUCUGACAGUGCCGGCAGCAGCCUCAGCAAAAUAGACUGGGCUGCUAUUGAGAGGAUGGUGGCUGCAGAAGAACUUUGAACUUAAAUAAAAAGUACCAUCUGGACACAUAAGAAGAUUGGAAAAGAAAUAUGUGACAAGUACCUACUGGAUAUAACAAGGGUUUUUAACUGUGAUGACGGCGAUGAUAUUUUGAUAGUCUGUUCACAAUAAGCAGUGAUAUAUUUAGCAUUUGUAUAAUUAUUUGAAAUGUUUUUUUUUCUUAAUAGUUAGACUUUCUUUUUGUAAUACCUGGCUGUGUUAAUUUACAUUUUGAAACCGUAUCUCCUCAUUGAUUGUAAAUAUAUUUAACUGUAACUGUAAGCUCCCUUGAUCCAUUCAAGAUACAUAUAGUGUUUGAAUAAUUUCUGGUUUUCUUCUUCUUUCUUGGUUUGGGCAGCCUUGGUCAACAUGUAGGCCUAUGCGGCUGUGAAUAAACUGCUCAAAUAAAAUAUAAGCUGGUGUCCAAAAGGCAUGAAGUUAAAGAUUACACGUUUUUACUAUUAUUUAUCAAGCUUUUGUUUUUUUGCGUCUUUUACAGUGUCUGCCAAGUAUACAUUUGAUUUACUUAUUUUGCCACCCAAGAGUUUUUCGCUUUUAUGAGUCAUUUUUGUUCUUACUGCAAAAAGAAUCACUCUGUGAGAUUGAUGAGCCAUCUUGCGGUGGUUUAUUACACAUUUUGGGGUAGAUUUUGGCAUAUUAUUCUUUUGUAAAAUCCAUCUUUUCUUCAUCUCCACUUUUCUUUGGUGAGUGCACAUUUUUUUCCGCCAUGGAAUUGUUGUCUUUGUUACCUUCCUGCAACACAGGUCCAAAGCAUGAUCGUGAUCAGUCAAAAGGGAUUGGAUUAAUCUAUUUUACAUUCUAAGGUGCAAUUUUCCAGGUUCAUUUCAAUCAUUCAGACCUCAACUUGACUUAUUACGUUCCUGUUGUGUCUUAUUUUCA